AUGACAAAUAAAGUGGUGGCGGCUCGCACGGCAGCGAAAACACUCCUAGAUGAGGUGGAUAAAGAUAAUGCCUAUAACGCAAUAGGAAUUGCUAAUAUCAAGAAAAUAAGCGAGAUUAAUGCUAUUAAAGACUUGUUUAGCCAAGCCAAACAAGUAAAUUUAUACAAAAAAGAUGAUAAAAAGGCAGAUUACUCGGAUGGUUAUGUAGCCGGAGCUUGGAAAAAGUUAGAAGAAUUUAAGCAAAAGGCAGUAGCCGACUUCGACAAAGUCAAAGCCGCAACCACAGAAAACGAAUUGGAGGAAAUGCUGCAAGGAGUAAUAGCUGCCGCCACUGAUACGGCAACCAAGGAAAGUGAAUACCAAGAUGACGAGGCAGGUUUGAAAAAAAUUGAGGAGGAUAUUAACAAGUUAAGGGAGUAUAAGGAAGCAAAAAGCGAUGAGGAAAAAGGCCAAGUUUUCGCUAAAAUUAAAAGUGUAACGGGGAUUGACUAUGCGAUUACGGAAUUUAUUAAGCAGAUGGAAAGUAAAAAAGACCUGAUAAAAGCCGCCCUUAAAAAAAAAGAAGAGGAGGAACAUAAUAAAAAAAAUGAUCCGUCCACUACCAACGGAACUCCUUGA